AUUCUCUGCUUCGUACAUCAAAAUAUCGUCUUUUGUUUGCUGCACCGGCUUCAUCCCCAGCCGCCAACCGACUAUUACUAGUCUUUACGACAUCGUUUUGACUCAUAACGCAUUUUUUCAUGUCUCUUAUUUCAUAGUUGCCUUUGUCGCAUUCGUUUUCUUCGACGGCAUCUAUAGAAUCUUUCUUUUCAAGAUUGGGCAGGAGGCAAACCAUCCUUUCAGUAGCGGUUGGCCACCCAAAACAAAUUCAAACGCUCGGGCUUUGAGUUUUUUGUUGCUUCUCUCGGAGAUUCCUCAUUAUAACGACACUGCAGUCAAGUCAACCUUCUGGAUAUCAGGCAACGCAGAGCCUCGAAUUGUAUUUGGCAACUGGGCAUCGAAGACCAAAGAAAUCCUACGCCCAAUAUAUCGAGCCUCACUUUCACAUUCACAUAAUGACGAACGAAGCCGAACGCACACUCGAAGCGGCGGGAGAAGGUCUGCAGGGCGAAGACGCCGUCCCUGCCAACCCUGUCGCUGCUCAAGCAGAACCCGAAAUCGAACACAGGCCAACAAUUUCCAGCACUGACACUUUAGAGACUCAAGCAGAUGAAGCCUCUGCAGACAUGCCGAUUGAGCAGCCUUCCAAAAAUGACUUGACCAAGCAGGAGUCCAGAGCGGAUCAAUUUUCCAAAGGAAGAAUCGCCAUCAUCAUGUUCUCACUCUGCAUGGCUCUGUUCCUUGCCGCUCUCGAUGUCACCAUCAUCACGACCGCUUUACCCACCAUUGCCGCCCAUUUUCAUGCCAGUACCUCAGGCUACACUUGGGUCGGUAGCGCUUACCUCCUCGCAAACGCUGCCAGUGUCCCUCUCUGGGGAAAGCUUUCCGACAUAUGGGGUCGGAAGCCCAUGAUCAUACUUGCAAACGUCAUCUUUAUGGUUGGAAGCCUGAUUGCAGCCGUCAGCGUGACCAUUGGAAUGCUUAUUGGCGGACGAGUCAUUCAGGGCAUCGGAGGUGGUGGCCUGGUCAUCCUUGUUAACAUUUGUGUGGCCGAUCUUUUCAGCAUGAGAGACCGUCCAAAGUGGUACGGCAUUCUAGGCAUGGUCUGGGCUAUUGCCUCAGGCGUCGGUCCUGUCAUUGGAGGCGGUUUUACGGAGGGUGUCUCCUGGCGGUGGUGCUUCUACAUCAAUCUGCCACUGGACGGUCUCUCGUUGGUCCUCCUCACCUUCUUCCUCAAGCUCGAAACACCCAAGACUCCUUUCUGGGCCGGCGUCAAAGCAAUUGACUGGCUCGGUGUCCUCGCGAUCAUUGGCGGAGUUGUCAUGUUCCUGUUCGGCAUGGAAUCUGGUGGUACUGAUCAUCCCUGGGACAGUGCAUACACGCUUUGCCUCAUCAUCUUUGGAGUCGCCACCAUCGUUUUGUUCUUCAUCAUUGAGUGGAAGGUCGCCAAAUACCCCGUCAUCCCUCUACGACUCUUCAAGGACCCAUCGAAUCUCGCCUCGCUGGGAGUCUGUUUCAUCCAUGGCUUCGUCUUUAUUGCCAGCAGCUACUAUCUACCCAUCUAUUUCCAGACGGUCAUUGGCGCCACACCUCUUCUCAGUGGUGUCUACCUGUUCCCACUGGUCCUCAGUUUGUCCUUCACUUCAGCGACAGCAGGCAUAUUUAUCAAGAAGACGGGUCGUUUCCGACCACCCAUCUGGUUUGGCUUGAUCUUGAUGACUCUUGGGUACGGUCUCUUCAUUGACCUGGACCCCUACCCGAAUUGGGCCAAGAUCAUCAUCUUCCAGAUCAUAGCCGGCAUAGGAGUUGGGCCCAAUUUCCAGAGCCCACUGAUUGCGCUGCAAAGUCACGUCCAAGGUCACGAUAUUGCGGUAGCAACCGCCACUUUUGGCUUUGUGCGGAAUUUGGCAACCUCGAUCUCUGUGGUUCUAGGUGGUGUGGUUUUCAAUAAUGAGCUUGCCAAGAAGAAUGCAGCACUUCGGGAGGUACUUGGAGCUAAGCUGGCGGGCGAACUGACCAGCUCCAGCUUCGGCGCCACCACUUCCAUUGUUCGGACGCUUACAGGGGCGAAAAGGCAGGCUAUCAACCUUGCAUAUACCUCGAGUCUACAGAAAAUGUGGAUCUUUUACACGGCGUUUGCAGCGUUUGGCAUCUUCAUCAGCAUGUUCAUUACAAGGAAGGAGUUGAGCAGGCAGCAUGAAAAGGCAGUGACUGGUCUUGAAGAACAGGAGAGAGUAAGACAAGUCAACAUCGCGGAGAAGAAGGCUAGGAAGACUUCCCUUGAGGCUGAUGCUGAAAAGGGAGUCCAUUAGGUGCGGACAACAUGGAAUCCAAAAAUGCAUUCAGGAGCUGGCGUUCAUCUACAUGUUCAUGGGGAAAAAAUGUUUACUGUUUAGAUUAGCGAUACAAGCGGGAGUUCCUUUCACUGUACAGUCAUCAACAUGAGCAUUGCAUCGUUCUUGAAG